AUGGCUGACGGCAACUUCGUCUCGACUCGCCCUCGAAGGCACACAUCGCUGGACAGGACCUUUAGGAAUCCAGGUCACGUCGCUCGCGCUCGCUCAGCCUCCAAUAUACUUGACACCUCGACGGAUGAAUUCAACAGGCGCUUGUACGACCCCAUCCUCGCGCCGCACCUUCAACGCACAAAGCCGACGCAGACUGGCCUCGGCGAGCUGGUGGAUUUCUUAAAGAACCACGCGCCGCCAGCAGACAACUUCAUGUCCAUUCCUGAUUACGAUGACGACGAGAAGCGCAGAUGGCUGAAGUGGGUGAAGAAGAGCCGCUCAGGGCCGAAGCCUCCUCCGAUCAGACUGCCAGACACGGCCGUGUCGGGGAAGACUAUUGGCGGUCAUAGGCACAUUGCCAUCACAAUUCCCUUUGAUGCUCUUCCCAUGGGUGAGAGGCCGCGAUCGCAGUACCCUGUGUAUCACGACGGCACAAGGCUCCCGAGGACUGUGACGAAUGACAAGGGUGUGGUGACAGUUCUGAAGACGGUCAAUGAGAGCGCCGGCGAGUCGUCAGCAUGGAUGUAUGGCCCAUCGAGGCCAUUACCUCGGACACCCUCCUCCAGAGGCGACAGGUCCACUAUCAGGGGAGGUUUGAGUGCGCCACCCAGUCGUGGGCAUGACGAGCCACGGCGGCCAGCGACGACACAAAGCAGCGAUCCUUCAUUCCCCACCAGAGCGUCUUCCAGGGCGAACCAGACACUACACCAACCCAUCUCGAUCGACGGAUUGCUUUCUCGGGCGGGACAUGCAGGUACGACACGGAGAUCUGACCAGUCGAACGCCCGGAAUGAGGCAAGCAGUGCCAAAGUGGUCAAGGUUGAGCCAACGCCAGUGGUUAUCAAUGAUGGAGACGUUGACACGGGAGACGACAAGAAUGAUGAACCGGUGGCCAGGACCGCGCAGAAGAUGGAGAAUCCCCUUGGAUCUCGUCAAUCGGCCACGCCUGAAAUCAACAGGACUCAAAGCCGACGAGACAAGGUCCGCGACAGGAAGAAGCGUGACAUGGAGGCCUUGGUCAGCUCCAAGAAGAAGGGUGACGAGGGGUGCUCGUCUGGCCAGCUCAGCUUUAGCCCGAUUCGUGGCAUAGGCAUAGAGCCUGAAGAUCCGGAACAGGAGGAGACGACUCUCAUCGCAUCACCGUCGACCGAUGCCUACCAUGACGAACAGUUGAACGCGGCUCGUGACAGCCAGCUGACACCUCCCCGCUCACCGGUCGCAAAGCCUGUCGCCCUGGAUCGGACCUCACUCCAUCGUCGUCGCGAGUGGAAGGAAACGCGUCAAGUUCGUCGUCUAUCAAGCGAAUCGCGAGCCGCCGUGCGUGCCCGUGCCCAGGAACUCAUCACUGCCGAUGCGGCGGAUACGUCGACACAAGCGCUCGACAGGGAAAUUCUUCGGCUGUACGAGGCGUACCGGGAACACCGCUUCAAUGAUAUGGAGCGCCGUGUCAGGCUGUUGGAGCGCAAUGGCGAUGUCUGGCUGAGGGCGCUCCUGCCCGUUCUCAAAGGCCUAAACGCCCGCGACCCCAAUCGAGGAUACAUGUCGGAGGAGGAGAUGCCAAGAGCCAGACCAGCUUCCGUCGCACUUCGUCGGGCCCAGAGCUCCCACAGGCCGCCCAGGGAUGGCGGCAUGGUCAGGGCGGACAGUGAGGAUAGUGUCGAUGGCACCACGGAUGGGCUGGACACUGUUGAGCCCCUGAUGCGGGAGCUGGCGGGAGCGGCGAGGGCAAGGCAGAUGAGGGCGGCAAGGGUUUGA